AACAGAUUGAAACAAAUUUUUCUGGAAGGCAAAGCAAAGCGUAAAUGAAAUUAUGAAAAUAUGAAAGUGAUAGAUUUUUCACAUGAUCAUCAAAUCGCAAUUCCUUUAUACAAGAUUAUCACGCAUAACAGCAUCAUGCUGCUGCUACUUCUCCGUUUGUUCCUCCCAACAACCAUGCCUGGGCGCCUUCGAUUCACAUUCCUUCGCCAGCACCCUCCAACGAACCAUCCAAGACGGCGACGCCGAUGCCGGCAAGCGCCUCCACUGCCACGCUCUCAAGCGAGGCGCCUGUUUGGACUUAUUCGCUCAGAACAUUCUACUAAACGCGUAUGUGCAAUCUGAUUCACUGGACGAUGCCUUGAAACUGUUCGAUGAAAUGCCGCUUAGAAACACCAUCUCUUAUAUCACCUUGGCACAGGGCUUCUCCCGCUCCCAGCAGUUCCACCAUGCUCUUCACUUGAUUCGCAGGUUGUUUAGAGAAGGACAUGAGCUAAACCAGUUUGUUUUUACUACUAUUCUUAAGUUGCUUGUGAGCAUGGAUUGGACUCCUAUGUGCUGCAGUGUCCAUGCGUGUGUUUAUAAGCUUGGACAUCACACUGAUGCGUUUGUUGGGACUGCCCUUAUUGAUGCCUACUCUGUUUGUGGAAAUGUUGAGGUUGCUCGUCAAGUUUUUGAUGGCAUUUGUUGUAAGGACAUGGUAUCGUGGACUGGGAUGAUCUCUUGCUAUGCUGAGAAUCACUUCUACGAGGAUUCGUUGCAGCUUUUUUGUCAGAUGAGGAGUAUGGGGUACAACCCAAACAAUUUCACCAUUUCAGGUGCUCUCAAGUCCUGUCUUGGUCUGGAAGCUUAUGAUGUGGGGAAAAGUGUUCAUGGAAGUGCUUUAAAAACUUGCUAUAAUCGGGAUAUUUAUGUUGGUACUGCAUUGCUUGAAUUGUAUGCUAAGUCAGGAGAGAUUGUUGAAGCACAGCGAUUUUUUGAAGAAAUGCCAAAAAAUGACCUUAUUCCAUGGAGUCUGAUGAUAGCGCGGUAUGCUCAGAGCGACAAAAGUUGGGAAGCUUUGGAGUUAUUUCGUCGUAUGAGGCAAGCAUCUGUUGUCCCUAACAAUUUUACAUUCGCCAGUGUGCUCCAAGCUUGUGCCUCUUUGGUCCUGCCCAAUAUGGGAAAGCAAAUCCAUUCUUAUGUACUGAAAGUCGGUCUUCUCUUGAAUGUGUUUGUGUCAAAUUCCCUCAUGGAUGUUUAUGCCAAGUGUGGUCAAAUUGAGAACUCGAUAAAGUUAUUUGUGGAAUCGCCAGAGCACAAUGAUGUUACAUGGAACACCAUAAUUGUUGGUUAUGUUCAAUCUGGGGAGGCGGAGAAAGCAAUGAAUAUAUUUAUACGCAUGCUUGAAUAUGAUGUGCAGCCAACUGAAGUGACAUACUCAAGUGUUCUCCGUGCCUGUGCUAGUUUAGCAGCACUAGAGCCAGGGCUACAGGUUCAUUCCUUAAUUAUCAAAACCACAUAUAACAAGGAUACUGUAGUUGCAAAUUCUUUGAUAGAUAUGUAUGCAAAAUGCGGAAGAAUUACUGAUGCUCGAGUGAUAUUUGAUAAGAUGAAUAAACAAGAUGAAGUGUCAUGGAAUGCUAUGAUCUGUGGAUAUUCCACGCAUGGCUUGGGUGUGGAGGCUCUAAAUUUAUUUGACAUGAUGCAGCAGUCCAAUUCAAAACCUAAUAAAUUAACCUUUGUUGGUGUUCUCUCUGCAUGUAGCAAUGCAGGAUUGUUAGAAAGAGGCCAAGCUCUCUUUAAGUCCAUGUUAAAGGACUACGGCAUUGAGCCGUGUAUAGAACAUUAUACUUGCAUGGUUUGGCUUCUUGGAAGAUUAGGCCAAUUUGAUGAAGCAGCGAAGCUCAUCGGAGAAAUUCCGUAUGAUCCUAGUGUUAUGGUGUGGCGUGCACUGCUCGGUGCAUGUGUUAUUCAUAAGAAUAUUGAUCUCGGAAGUGUCUGUGCCCAGCGCGUACUUGAGAUGGAGCCCGAUGAUGAUGCCACCCAUGUGCUGCUGUCAAACAUGUAUGCCACUGCAAAGAGAUGGGACAAAGUUGCUUCGGUUAGGAAAUGUAUGCAAAAGAGAAGAGUGAAGAAGGAACCAGGCUUAAGCUGGGUUGAGAACCAAGGUGUGGUACAUUAUUUUACUGUGGGGGAUACUUCUCAUCCAGAGAAUAAAGUAAUAUAUGAAAUGCUUGAAUGGUUAAAGAAGAAAACCAGGGAAGCAGGAUAUAUUCCUGAUUGCAAUGCUGUUUUGCUUGAUGUGGAGGAUGCCGAAAAGGAACGUCUAUUGUGGGUGCAUAGCGAAAGACUAGCACUGGCGUAUGGUCUGCUUCGAAUUCCACCGGCGAGUUCUGUACGUAUCAUUAAGAAUCUCCGGAUAUGCACAGAUUGUCAUACUGUCAUAAAGGUCAUAUCAAAAUUUGUGCAGAGAGAAAUUGUUGUUAGAGAUAUAAACCGGUUUCAUCAUUUUCGGAAUGGGAUUUGCUCAUGUGGUGAUUACUGGUAAUUGUUGAAGUAACAUAGGUAAUUAGGUAUUGCUUCUUUUGGUAACUGUAUUAUUGUGAAUCAUCUCCCAAAAUAGUUAGGUAAUUACACUUUCUCUUACAUGUAUUUGCCUAUUUUCAUCUCGAUUUGAAAA